CCGAGGACAUGAACAAUGCAUCCCAUUGUCAACUUAGCCUGUGCGGAUACCUUUGCUUUAUCUUAAGCACACCCUUCAACUUGUUGUGAGCUUAAUUAUAUAUGCAGAGAUCUGCGAUUUAGACACGUCAUAAAAGACAAGAUAGAAGCCCACGGGUCGUUCAGAGAUCAAGACGACACUGAGUGAGGCUGCGCCGAUCUCUUACACUUACAGCCAUAACCAAAUCAGCAGAGAGACGUCGCAAUGUCAACCGUGUUCGACAUCAAGGAGCAUGUCGUGGACGGCCAACAUAUCCGGGAAUAUCCUCGAGCAACUGCACACUCACAAGAGGAAGUGCUCCAGCUGGCGGUAAAACAGUACAUCCCGAAGGACAACCGAAAUCCGAAGCCAGGAGACAUAACCUUGAUCGCAUCUCACGCCAAUGGCUUCGUAAAGGAGCUGUAUGAGCCCCUGUGGGAGGACCUGCUCAAUGCCGUCCGCCAGCAGGGCUUAAAUAUCCGUGCCAUCUGGAUGGCAGACAUUGCCUGGCAGGGCACGAGUGGGGUUCUCAACGAGGGCCGGCUGGGCAACGAUCCGUCGUGGAUGGACCACGCACGCGAUCUGCUGCACCUGACCAACGUCUUCCGGGCCCAGAUGCCCCGGCCUCUGGUGGGCGUGGGCCACUCGUUCGGCGGCAACAUCAUCACCAACGUCAGCCUCAUGCACCCGCGACUCUUCAGUGCCCUCGUCAUGAUCGACCCGGUGCUGACCCGCGAGCACGGGCUGGGGCCGCUCUAUGGCUUCGGCACCCUGCGCGCCUCGUCGGGCCGCAGGGACGUGUGGCCCAGCCGUGCCGAAGCCGAGCGCGGGAUCCGCAAGAACAAGUUCUACUCGACGUGGGACCCGCGGGCGGUGGACCGCAUGAUCCAGUAUGGGCUCCGCGACUGCCCCACGGCGCUGCACCGGGACGCCAGGGGCGGCGAGGUGACGCUGACGACGACCAAGCACAUGGAGUGCCUGACGUACUACCGCCCCACGCACCAGGGCCCGCGAGACCCGGCGACGGGGGCCAAGACAAUGGACAAGAGCCUCAUCCCCGACGCGACCGAGGACAUCGACAACUACCCCAACUUCCCCUUCUACCAGCCACCAACGCCCAUCACGGCCAAGAGGCUGCCCGAGGUGCGGCCCGGGGUGCUGUGGGUGGCGGGCGAGGACAGCACGGUGUGCACGCCCGCGACGCGGCGGGAGAAGAUGGAGACGACGGGCUACGGGGUGGGCGGCAGCGGCGGGGCGAGGGCCGGCAGGGUCAAGGAGCUCGUGGUCAGCGGGACGGGCCACCUGGUGGCCAUGGAGAAGCCGCAGGCCGUGGCCAAGGGCGCGGCCGAGUUCCUCCGUGGGGAGUGGGAGCGGUGGAAGAAGGAGGACGACGAGUACAGGCGGUGGGCCGAAGGCACAGACGAGCGGACCAAGGCCAUGAUGGACGACGACUUUGUGGCGCUGGUCAAGAGCGUGGGGCCCGAGGCCAACAGGAGGAAAGACGGCACCAUGGGGGGACUGAAGCCAAAGUUGUGAUUGUACAUGGGUGUUGUGAGCCUGUGGUCCAGAUUAUGG